UCGCGUCAGUAAAACAUCCGACGACCAGCAGCAGAAGAAAGAGUCGACCUGGUGGAGACAGUUGAUCACGCAAAACAAAAUGCUGAAAUUCACCGAUUUGUCGCUCAGGGUUCGGGGUUUCUGAAGCGGGGUCUCAUCUGCACAGAAUCAGAGCGAGGCGCGUCGGUGAUUUGAGUUCUGAGUUUGUGAAAUGUCUGUUGUUUUUGUUCCCAAACGGCAGCGCGGAAAAGCGCAAGUCAACCAGGAGACGAUUCAAAGACUGCUGGAUGAGAACGAUCAGCUGGUUCGAUGCAUCACAGAGUAUCUGCAGAAGGGCCGAGCCACCGAGUGUGUGCAAUACCAGCAGAUCCUGCACCGCAACAUUGUGUAUUUGGGAACCAUAGCUGACGCCAGCACAGAGAUGCAGACCUCAGACGACACAGUCAGUUAGAUUCCCUGUUAACGUGUUAUAAUAAAUAAUCGCAUUGGCUGAGAGGAAAAACACUCCAGAUGUCCCUGUUGGCGAACAUUUUUAUGUACAUAAUUUCAUGUUUAGUUCAAUGCUUUGUAUAAUAAAUGUAUGAAUCACAAUAAACAUGCACUUUUACAUAAGCAGCAGACGUCCACAGAACAUCUCUGUUUUUAUCACUAAUUAUUUAGUCUUAAUUUGAUUAUGCUUUUAGUUUCUAAUAAAAGCAUACUUUAAGCUCCAUUUAACAUUUUACCAUGUUUAAAUUCUUUCUGCAGAAAAUGCUA